AUGCUGGUGACAACUUUAAAUCAACUCACACCGCGUUUGCGGUUUAAUUUCACAAAACCAACGCUUGAAAAUUUUGUAUUUAAAUUACAUUAUAAGCUUACUGUUGUUAUACUUCUCUGUUGUGUUAUCCUAGUAUGUGGAAGAGAAUACUUUGGAGAACACAUCAAGUGCAUUUCCGAUCAAGGGGUGCCCAGUCAUGUAAUACAAACUUACUGCUUCUUCAUGGCGACCUUCACUAUAGUCCGGCAUUACAAUGAAAGUCUACUUGAAGGCGGUUAUCUGCCUCAUCCUGGAGUGGGUCCACUUUCGAAUGACGAUGAAAAAUUGCAUCACACGUACUAUCAGUGGGUGCCUUUCGUGCUCUUCAUUCAGUCAAUAUGUUUCUAUCUUCCACAUUAUAUAUGGAAGAAGAAAGAAGGUGGCAGAAUAAAAGCUCUCGUAGAUGGACUGCAAUAUGCAGGAAUAGCGUUAGCAGAGGAAGACAUGAAAGUCGGUUCUGUAACAGUGCCUUCCAAAAGCUCUUUAGAGAAUCGAAUUGACAUUAUAAAGAAGGAUAUCAUAUUAAGGUUACAAGUUAGCAGAGCCUGGUCGGUUUGGCUCGUAUCGAUGGAGGUCGUUAACCUGCUGCACAUCAUGUUCCAGAUCUGGAUCGUAAAUGUAUUCUUAAAUGGAGGGUUUAUCUCUUUGGGCUCAAAGGUACUGCAUCCCAGUCAAUGGGGUAAGAUUGCAGAUCCACUGGAGCUUAUUUUCCCCAAGGUGACAAAAUGCACCUUUCACAAGUAUGGUCCGAGUGGAUCGCUCCAACAGCAUGAUGCGCUCUGCGUUAUGGCCCUCAACAUUAUUCACGAGAAGAUCUACGUCAUACUUUGGUUUUGGUUCUUGUUCCUCUUCAUCGCUUCUGCUCUCGCUGUUAUUUGGCGCAUCGCUUCGUUCUUCCUGUAUCGCCGCUCGCUCAGGUUCAACGAGAUGUUAUUCCGUCAAGCUUCACAUAGAAAGUUCAAUCCCCACAACGUGAUAAACGUAGUUAAUGGUUGUCAAUUUGCAGAUUGGCUCUUUAUAUAUUAUCUUGCUAAGAACAUGAAAGGAUUCGUCUUCCAAAAACUGUUUGACCGGUUAGCAGAAGAGUUAGAGAAACGGGAAAUACCAUAUGAUCAAGAUGUAACCGAAAAGAAUGGAGCAGAACCAGUUUUAUUAGGCAGAGUUGAUUAUGCUGAUGAAACGUUACCUUUAAACCAGGACUCUAAAGAGAAAUCCUCAUAA